UUUUUUUUUCUUAAAAAAUUCUUCAUCUUUAAAUAAAACAAUGAAUAAAACACCAAAUAAUUAUAAUUGGGGAUCUUCGAAAAAAAGAUACGAGUGGAAAAAUGAAUAUUUAACCCAAGGAUUUGCACCACGUGAUGAAGAAUUAGAAAAAGAACUUUUCGGUAUAGAUAAUCAUGUUCAUUCAGGCAUUAACUUUAGUAAAUAUGAAACUAUUCCUGUUCGUGUCAUUGGUGAAAAUCCUCCUCCUGGUUUUAAUAAAUUUGAAGAUGCCAACUUGCAUCCUUGUAUGAAAGAAAAUGUUGCUUUGGCAAGAUAUAUUAUACCUACUCCUGUUCAACGUCAUAGUAUUUCUAUUGUGACAGCAGGUAGAGAUUUGAUGGCUUGUGCACAGACUGGUUCUGGUAAAACAGCUGCUUUUCUUAUCCCUACUUGUUCCGCUUUGUUUGGACAGGCACUUCAACUUAUUUCUCGCCCUGCUCCUCAUGAAGGUAAUCAUUGGAAAGCGCGACCAUUAGUCUUGAUCAUUGCUCCUACUCGUGAAUUAUGUUGUCAAAUCUUUGAUGAGGCACGUCGUUUCUGCUAUAGAAGUAUGUUAAGACCUUGUGUUGUUUAUGGUGGUGCAGGUGUCAAUGGUCAGUUAAGAGAAUUAGAAAAGGGAUGUGAUAUUCUAGUAGCUGCACCUGGCCGUUUGCUUGAUUUUAUUGAUCGUGGUAAAAUUGAUUUAUCACAUCUUAGAUAUUUGGUUUUAGAUGAAGCGGAUCGUAUGUUGGAUAUGGGCUUUGAAAAAUCCAUUCGUGAAAUUGUAGAACGCAAAGGCAUGAAUAGAAACAGAAUCACUUUAAUGUAUAGUGCUACUUUUCCUAAAGAGAUUCGUAGAUUGGCUCGUGACUUUCUUAAGCCUAAUUUCUUAUUCUUAAAGGUAGGCCGUGUUGGAGGUACAACAACAGAUAUCACUCAAAAGGUUCUAUGGGUUGAAGAGCAAGAUAAACGUGAGCGUGUAUACCAACUCUUGACCUCUCAACCACCUUGCCGUACAUUAAUCUUUGUUGAUACAAAACGUAAUGCAGACUCACUUGAUCAAUAUCUUUUCGAUCAUAAAUUACCUACUACCUCUAUUCAUGGCGACCGAAGUCAAAUGGAACGUGAAGAUGCUCUUCUUGCCUUUAAAGCAGGUACUUGUCCUAUUCUUGUUGCUACUGCUGUCGUUGCUCGUGGUAUCGAUGUCAAAAAUGUGAUGCAUGUCAUUAAUUAUGAUAUGCCACCCAAUAUUGAUGAAUAUAUCCAUCGUAUUGGUCGUACUGCUCGUGUUGGUAACGCUGGUCUUGCUACAAGUUUUUAUAAUCAUCGUAAUUCUGCAAUUGCUAGAGACUUGACAAAGUUACUUAUUGAAUGUGCUCAAGAGGUCCCUAGCUUUUUAGAAUCAUAUAGAACAAAUGACAUGCGUUUCCAAGAUGAUGAAGAUGAUUUUUAAGGUCUUUAUUAUUGAUGUAUAUAUUGUCCAAUAAUAGCAAAAAAAAAUAUAUAUAAAAAUAUUUAAUAAAUUAAUUAUG